AUGAGAUUUGAAAACCUCUACUCAGUCUUGCCACUUCUGCUCUUGUUUCUAAACUGCAAAGGGUGCAUGGAAGAAGAAAGAGAUGCUCUCCUACAAAUCAGAAGCUCAACAAACAACCCAGAGGGAACUGCUUUCUCAAACUGGUAUGGAGAGGAUUGCUGUCACUGGGAGGGAGUUGAAUGCGAUGUUUCAAACUCUUAUGUCAUAAAGAUCAUAUUUCACUACCGUAUGAAGGAACAAAGCUCGACGGAGAAAUGGCAUCCCAAUGCUACUUUAUUUGCUCAGUUUAAAGGCUUGCAAGAGCUUCACCUGCCAGGCAACCAAAUUGAGGAAUUCAUAGCACCUAAUGCAUUGCACGAACUGAAAUACCUUCAAAAGGUGGAUCUCCGGGACAAUUUGUUAGCAGAUGGUUCUCAUCUCUGUUGGGGGAAUAUGCCUUCUCUCCACUUCUUGGAUCUAUCAAGAAAUAAAUUCCAUGGAGAUAUUCCAAAGUGCCUUUGUGACAGCCAGUCCCUUAGAGAGCUACAACUUUCUAACAACCAAUUACAAGGAAACAUUGAUGCAUGCUUCAGCAACAUCACUACUCUCAGGUAUCUGGAUCUCUCUUCUAAUCUGUUCAACGGAACCUUUCCCUCAUCCCUAUUCCACAACCUACCAAAUAUUGAGUCCUUUAUCAUCUCACGCAAUAAGUUCAAUGAUGCGAUUUCAUUAGCAAUUUUCGCAAAUCUUUCGAAACUCAAACACCUUGACAUUUCAUUCAAUGCUGAUUUAGAGAUAGAAACAGAAUCCCCCGUUUGGUCCCCUUCUUUUAACCUGAAUCAGCUUAAACUAGCUGCGUGUAACUUGAACAAGCAAACAGGCAAAAGAAUUCCCAGCUUCAUAUCCACACAGUACCAUCUGCAAUACCUAGAUUUAUCUUACAAUUCCCUCGUUGGAAGCAUUCCCUUGUCGCUGCUAUUCAAUGUCUCUUCAGAAUUGAGGAUAAGAGGCAACAACUUGAGUGGUUCAUUCCCCAGAAGUCAAGGAAACAUGAGCUCCCAGCUAGCCGUACUUGACGUUUCCGAGAAUCUUCUGUACGGGUCACUUCCGGCAGCUAUCAACUCCAUUCUCCCAGAGUUACGCCACCUAAAUGCCUCUCGGAAUAAUUUUGUUGGCAGCCUCCCAGAGUCUUUUGGUGCAAUGAAGCAACUUCAGAUUCUGGACUUAUCACAAAAUGAUUUCGAAGGAAAGAUACCCCACAGCAUGAAGAGUAAUAUAACGUCUUUCCAAUACUUGAGGUUAUCUGGAAAUAAUUUGCAAGGAGAAGCACUUCCAAGAAAUUCUAGUUGGUGUAACCUGCGAUGGCUAUUUCUUGAAAGGAAUCACUUCACAGGAUUAUCUCUAGAUGGUCUGUCAAAGUGUUCCUCUUUGCUAAUGCUUAGCAUUCACAGUAAUGCCUUUUCUGGUGAGCUUUCAAGAAACUUCCCUGUCUUCCCUCAAUUAAGACUACUGAUUCUACGAGAAAACCAUUUCGAAGGGCGAAUUCCCCUUCAGGUGUGCCAAAUGAAACACUUGAAUGUUUUGGAUCUUUCACAAAAUGAUCUCUCAGGGGAUGUUCCCACAUGCCUUGACAACAUCACAUCCUGGACAGAAGAAUCUGUUAGCAAUCAUUUUGACUCCCACUCUUGGUUUGCUUCGGUAGAUUUGUUCUUUGACAAUCGGUUUUCAGUGCUCUACUAUGACCUUUUCCCCUUGGUUCCUUCGAUGGAUGUUUCUUCCAACAAAUUGACAGGAGCAGUUUCCCUCCAGAUAUCAAAGUUGAAAGCGAUAUUGUGGUUGAACAUGUCAAAUAACCUCCUCACUGGUCCAAUCCCCACUUUGGCGAAUUUAAGUUACUUGGAAAGCCUAGACCUUUCAAACAACAAGUUCUUUGGUGCAUUGCCUCCACACCUAGAUGAUAAUCCUUUUCUUGUAAUUUUUAAUGUUUCUUUCAAUAAUCUAUCAGGCCCGAUACCAAGUGCAACGCAGUUUUCCACAUUUGAUAAUUCCAGCUAUCUAGGCAAUCCCAACCUAUGUGGCAAGCCAUUAAAAAAGAAAUGUUUUCGAGAGCUGGUGGGAAGUCCAUCGGUCAAGAGAAGUCCAUCCGUAAAGGGCAGUCCGUCAAAUCUCUGCUCCGUGAGGUCAAUAUCAAGAGAACCCGACAAAGGUGCCAUUGAGACUGUUGAUAGUCCAAGUGGGAAUCUUCUAAGAACAGUCAAGUGUCAAGAUAUGGCGAAAGAGUGCAUCGAAGAAGGGUUAGCACCAUUAUUGCCUUAUGCGGCUACCUCGGUUCCAAACUUGCUGUAA